CCGGAGGGUACUCCGAAGUCCGAGGCAGAGUCCAUAAUUCUGGACGUGAGGCCGGGCGUCCUGUUCUCACAUAUCGCCAACAUCACCUUCCCUAGUGGCGUAGUGCAGGGCUCACAACACAUCUCUGUCGCAAUAGCUGGUGACUUGUUGGGACCUGUCAUGGAGAACAUAGGCGACCUUCUGCGCAUGCCGUACGGCUGUGGCGAGCAGAACAUGAUCUACUUCGCGCCCAACGUCUUUAUCAUUUGUAUUUCAAGCGCACGAACACCUACACACCGGAACUGGCUGCCAAGGCUCAGGACUAUAUGCUGAAAGGUUACCAAAGAGAACUCACGUACCAACACAAGGACGGGUCAUACAGCGCCUUUGGAGAGAGCGGGGGGAAGUCUGGUAGUAUGUGGUUGACCGCGUUCGUCACAAAGUGCUUCGCCCAGUCCACUCAUCUGGGAUCAGAUAUCAUUGCCAUUGAUCCCCAAAUAAUAAAAAAAUCCAUCUCAUGGAUAGCCUCCAUUCAAAACAAAAACGGAACCUUCCCCGAGCCUGGCGUUGUCUUCAGCAAGAGCCUACAGGGAGGGUCGGGCACCGGUGUGGCCUUGACAGCCUACGUAAUGAUCACGCUGCUGGAGGCGCUUCAAUCGCCGCUGAACCUCGACACGGAUGGUAUGGUGAGCAGCUCCAUCUCAAAGGCCCAACUGUACCUGGAAAACGAGCUUAACCAGCUGACUGACCCGUAUGAGCUCGCCAUUGUCACCUACGCCCUGCACCUGGCCAACAGCCCACAGAAGGACAAUGCCUUGCGCCUUUUGGAGCAACGGGCAAUUACAGAGUCCCUGACGACGCACUGGGAGCGCCCCAAGCCUGCUGUCCAGCAGACGUACUAUUCUUGGCAACGCGAUACAGACGCUGUCAACGUGGAGAUGACGUCAUAUGCUCUGCUGACGUACCAACUACGUAACGACAUAUCAAAAUCUCUGCCAAUCGUACGGUGGUUGACGUCACAGCGGGGUUCCCAGGGCGGCUUCAUAUCCACACAGGACACAGUGAUUGCUCUGCAAGCCCUCUCAAAUAUGGCGGCCGUGUUGUACUCUCCUACAUCCGCUCCUGUCACGGUGACGGUGGGCUGGACUUCCGGUGGACGUCGUCAUAGAGCUAACGUGACUAUUGACGACUCCACCAGAAUCUUGCUACAGCAAAUCGAGAUCCCGAUCACGGGAAAUGAUAUUCCUUCAUCAGUCGAAAUUCUGGCGAGAACUAAUGGCAACUUUUCUGGAAUCGCCGUAGCCGCGGUGAACCUGAACUAUAACGUGGGUAACAGGAUAGACUCCGAUAAGCUCAGUCUGAAUUACCGGGUGGAGCUAAUCGAUGACAAAUCGUUCAUCCUGACGGUGGAGUUCAGUAGGAUCGACGGCCAGGUUGGCGGCAUGACGCUGGUGUCGGUGGGUCUUCCUACGGCUACUCUGUGGACAAAGAGAGUCCAGACUACAGUGUCAUCGGCUCUCAGAUGGAGGAAGAGGGUGACCAAAAGGUCACUUAUUACUAUGAAGAGCUGGGGCCAGAGACGAGGACAUUAGUCCUUCCAAUGAUCGAGACAAAUGGGAUCACUGUGAAAAUCAAGGAGAUUCCAAUCACCAUCGCUGAUUAUUACAAUCCUGACAACCAGAAGACUGUUUACUACGUGCCUAAAGAUACACAGACCACGUCUGUCUGUGAUCGUGUAGAGAACUACCAGAACUGUUCCUUCCUGAAGAAAAAGCCUAAGAAGUAAAACCACGCUGUUCGGGUAAAUAAUUGAAGUAUGACAUUCAUGUGACGAAAGCAACAACAAUUUACCAUAGAAAUCGUUUAUAAGUCAAGGCAGCCUGGGGUAGGCUGCCAUGGACAAGUAAAACCUUGUUGUUUUUCUUUCAUCUUGAUGUUCAUUUUUGUCUUCAUUCUGAGACGUUGUCAUGCGUAGACGUUGACUUGGUGACAUGUCAAGCUCCACAGUGGUUUUGAUUGUCGAGACAAUGGCAGCAAGGAAACAAAAGUGCAUAAUUCCUCUUUAUUCUGAAAAAGAGGCAAAAAAGUUGUUUUCAUUUGCUAAAACAUAAUUGUCAAAAUUACCUUUCUCCUGCUGCUGUAGACAGAAGAAGACAAACUAGUGUGCAUUUAAACGUGUUGCAGUUAUAGUUAUAUUUUACUUUUACAGGUUUUUGUGCACUACACAACAUACUUUGCAAUUACUGUAUUUGAAACAGUGAUCAAACGGACUAAGAAAUCCUGUUACAUCAUUGCCGCCAUUGUUGAGUACACUAGCCCAACAGAACACUUCAAUCUUAAUGACAUCAGGCCCAGGAUUACCAAGAAUAUUUUGUCUGUGUCUGUGUAUAAGAUAUUUCAUAAAUACAAUAAUCUGUUCCUUUUCAUCCAGAAAGGUUAAGUAUGUAUAUCUUCUGGUAUAGUGACGGAAUUUACAUAAUCUUUAAGUCCAUAAAACUAUUUCCACUUUGUCUAGCCUUUAUUUCUCAAUUCAAGAAUCGUUUUCUCAGAGAAUUAUGAAACUUUUACUUUAGCAGGGCCAUUUAAGAAUUAUUACAUUACAUAAUUGUAUUUUAUGUGAAACUGUUUCAAAUGCUUUUGAAUUCAGUAAUGGAGCAAAGUGCAUUAAGAAAUAAAAGAUUUCAUCUGUAAA